CUCCGUUUGCAUUCCACAUCUGACACAUCGACAAUAGAGAUCAAAUUAGGAGCUAGGGCUGAUGGCCCCCGUCAUUGACGAAGAAGCCGAACACAUCAAGACCAAAGCCAGAAAGGAUCUUCUAGAAUUGCUUGAAGGCGUUCGGGGAAAGAAGAACUUGGUCAUCGGGAGGGACUUGACAGGCUUGUUGAGCCUCUUUAUCCAGUUUCCUACGCUCAAGGACUAUGGCGUAGACAAGGUCUUCGAACUCGAAAAUGGCAACACCGACUCCUCCCAGAGGAACAUCGUGUACCUUGUGCACGGCGAGAAGGCACCUUUGGUCCAAGCCGUAGCAGAACAGAUCAAGAAACUUCAAAGAAACGGCACGGUCGAACAUGAAAUCUCCGUUAUCUGGGUACCAAGGAGAACGCUAGUAUCCAACAAAAUCCUUGAGGACGAAGGCGUACUAGGCGAUGUCAAUAUUUCGGAACUACCACUUUAUUUCCUACCGCUGGAAGACGACAUGUUGUCGAUGGAGAUGGAAGGGGCUUUUCACGAUUUAUAUCUGAGAAAUGAUUCAUCAUCACUGUACCUUGCUUCAAGAGCUCUGAUGCAAAUCCAGCAAAGACAUGGCCUGUUUCCGCGUAUCUUGGGGAAAGGUGAUAAUGCCCGAAAGCUGGCCAACCUGCUACUUCGUGGACGAAAAGAACUCGACGCCGACGAAGCCGCGACACAGUACACGAACAUGCCAAGUACGACCAUCGAGCAACUCAUUAUCAUUGAUCGUGAUGUCGAUUUUGCCACCCCCCUCCUGACACAGUUGACUUACGAAGGAUUAAUCGAUGAGCUGAUUGGAAUCAAGCACAACCGGGCCGAAGUCGAUUCAUCAAUCAUAGGCGCGGUCCCUCAGCAGCGAACCAACACCGGGUCCUCGUCGACAUCACCACCUCCAGCCGUCCGUCAAGGUCUCAAACGCAAGAUUCAACUCGACUCGUCUGACCCCUUAUUUGAACAGCUGCGAUCUUCCAACUUUGCUCUGAUUGGGCCACAUCUCAACAAAAUCGCCCGACGACUCGAGUCUGACUACGAAGGGCGUCACAGCGCGCGUGGCGUCAAUGAGCUGCGCGAAUUUGUGAACAAACUCCCGGGCUUCCAGCAAGAACAUCAGUCUCUUGCCGUCCAUACCAAUCUUGCCGAUGAUAUGACCAAACACACCCGGUCCGACACAUUCAACCGGGAGCUCGAGAUCCAACAGAACAUAGCAGCCGGUACCGAUCCAAUAUAUCAGCAUGACACGAUAGAGGAGCUCAUCGCCCGGGAUGCGCCGCUCAGCACCAUUCUACGCCUUUUAUGUCUAGAGUCUACCAUUUCCGGCGGUCUCCGGCCCAAAGAUCUAGACUCAUUUCGACGCCAAAUCCUCCACGCGUAUGGUUUCCAGCAUCUCAUCACCCUCGACGCGCUUGAAAAGAUGGAAUUGCUCCAACCACGUUCUUCCGCAUCGGCGCUCCUCCUGCCUGUGGGUGGUGGGGCAGCCCAGUCCGAGAAAGGCACCAAGACAAACUACGCGUAUCUGCGCAAAGAGCUUCGGCUUAUCAUCGAUGAGUACAACGAGCAAGACCCUGAGGACGUCGCCUAUGUGUAUUCAGGCUACGCGCCGCUAAGCAUCAGGAUGGUGCAAUGCAUCCUGCAGAAACAAUACCUUCAAGCUCUCCACAAGUCACCACUACCUUUGACGCCUACCAGUACAGGUUGGACAGGAUUCGAGGACAUUUUGAAAUCAGCUCGAGGUCCGACCUUCAGUCUUGCACAGAAAGCCACAGACGAAAAGGCGGCCAAAGCCAAGGCGGCUCUCGCUGGCGCAGCGGGUUGGAAGACCAUCUUCGUAAUGUUUCUUGGUGGUAUCACUUUCACGGAGAUCGCGGCCCUGAGGUUCAUUGGGCGGAAAAUGGCCGAGUCUGGACAAAGGAAGAAGAUUGUGAUUUGCAGCACUGGCGUCAUCAGUGGGAGAAGUAUAAUGGACGGCGUUAUUGAGAAAUCGAAUCUCGGCUCGGGUCUUGCUGCAUGAGAGAGCAAGCUCAUCGGUCAACCGCUCGCCGGAGAUGAGAUCUUAGGGCUCGAGAAACAAAUAAACGCGGUUGCUUCCCA